AUGAUAACCGCCUCUGCGCCGUUCGAUGACGAAGGGGAUAUCAUCUUGCGCUCGUCCGAUGGUGUCGACUUCCACGUAUACAAGCUGGUGCUCAUGCUGGCGUCGCCUUGGUUUCGAUCCAUGUUUUCCCUCCAGCAGUCGGUCGACACCACUUCGUCAUCUCAAACGCCUAUCAUAGACGUUCUCGAGGAUGAAGAGACUCUCGAUUGUCUCCUGCGUUACUGUUAUCCCAUCCCCGAUCCGGUCAUCACCGGGUUCGAGCUGUUAACCAAAACGCUUGAAGCCACUCUCAAGUACGAGCUGCUCGAGGCAACGUCCAUCUGCCGGCGGUUGCUACACAACUUUAUGCGCGACAUGCCCAUCGGAACAUACGUGCUCUGCUGGCGCCUUCGCCUUGAGGAAGAGGCGAAAGAUGCAGCCAAGGAGUGGAAGGACAUCCUUCACGGCCGUAUGCGCGGCAACGAUACUGUAGUCUUUCCUGAGACGCGUUCAGGCAUGAGCUUCAUCCCAGAGAUGGAAGACUUGCCGGCUGACGUCUACCAGAAACUCGUGCAAUUCGUACACGGCGAGGCUAUCUAUCGCUUCUGUGAUUCUGCUUCUGACUCCGGAAGCCGGGAGACAGAGAACGAGGGCGUCUCUCAAGCAUGGGACGCAGAGCGUGUCUCUCUUACCUACCCUUUCACUCUUUCCGACACCGACCUCGUCCUCCGUUCGAUUGACGGAGUAGAGUUUCCCGUCCACCGUCUAAUGCUUGCCCUAAAUACGCACAGCAUCGAUGAACCGGGGAUUUUUCCGUUGUUGAGUUCCCCCGAGGCUGCAAGGUUAAGCUCCUCCUCCCAACACCCCAUUCUUCAGGCCGAAUAUCACAGCGACGUUCUUGGUCCACUGUUGCAGCUCGUUUAUCCAUCUCUCCCGGGAGAAGGCGUGUCCAAGUGGACAUCGGAGAAGCUCGCAGCCGAGCUACGCGCAGGAGUUUUCAGCGCCGCAAGACGUUCUGGCCUCCACUCAGUUGCGGAGGAGCAUCAGACCCACUGGCAGCGACACCCAGACGUCGACCCAGUCCUACUUUAUCGGCUUGCGAUACAAUCAGGCUCGACGACGGCUAUUCAGACGGCUGCAGAUCGCCUCGCGGCCACGAGAACUUGGACGGAGAUGUUGGGGGCCGAUGUGACAGGCCUGACUGCUGGCCAAUACCAUCGUCUUCUGAGAUACAUCCACCAACAGCGGUGGAUUGUUUCUGAUGUCAUUUCAUCUUUCAUUUCGGAGAAGGAUGAAUAUGCAGGGACCGUCAACCGGGAGCCUAAGCACUGGCUUACGACCCUUAACCAUCAUGGUCGCAGGGCCGGAAUUACCGCAGCACUAAUGGAAUCCGAAGGAUGGAAUGCAUGGUACAACGGUGGAGGAUAUGGCUCUUAUAAGCCUGAUCCGUUGGACCAAGCGAGUAGAGUGCAGGAGCUCGAAAGUCGGAUAGAGCAAACCCUCGAAAAAGAAAAGGCAAGCUACUGCGUCGAUCGGCUUGCACGAAUCCUUCGCUAA